AUACAUUGAGUUGAAUUCAGCGGGAAAAAAAAUUGGAAAAUCUAGCUUUACAUAUUUAUCAUUUUUCUGGUGUACGUUAUAUUUCAAUUUUCUCGACUAAUAUGGAUACUUCAGGACGGAGAAGGAGAGUUCAAAAGUCAGUGAUUGAAUCUGAUAUGAGUCAAUAUGCCCAUGAUGUUGAAAUGUAUAAAGACAGUCCUCAGAACUGUAUUGCUUUAGCGGAGUUUGAAGAAUUGGCUUUAGAAAGACUUCAACUACUAAGGAUCAUCGAAGAAGCUACACUCAAAGGUUACAAACAGUUUUCAGAUGAUUGGAAGAAGUCAAUCAAAGAAGACUUAUUGAAGCAUGGGUUGAAAAAAUACCUUAGACUGAUGAGUGGAUUCAAUAGUCAAACAGAACAAGAUAUUCAGGCAAGAAGAGCAGACCACAUUUCACAUUACAUUCUAAGACUGGCAUAUUGCAGAUCUGAAGAACUUAGAAGGUGGUUUCUUAGCCGUGAAUUAGAGUGGUUCAAACUUAGAUUUAAUGCUCAGACACAGCAGGGUAUUAUGAAAUUUCUACUGAAAAAUGAUCUUACCUAUACUCCAAUCAGUAAUGAAGAAAAGGAACAUAUUAAAGUUGAAUUGAUAAGCUGUACCCCAGGUUUGUCUGAUGUAUCUUGUGAGGCCAAUGACUUUUAUAAAGUACAUUUCAGUGAAGUUUUGCCUCUUGUCAAGAACAGAAGAGUUUUCAUAAGAAGUAGUUAUGCAUAUAUUCCAACUACAGAUUUGGUGAUCUGUAUUCAAUCAAAGUUUAGAGCAAAUCUCAGUGAAGCACUAAAUGUGUACACUCAUAGAUUGACAUCUUUGGAUGAUGAUAGGCUGAGUUCUCUCCUUUGUAACCUCCAUAAUAUCUACACAGGUAAAACACACAUUGAGGAUAAUGACAAAGAAAAGGUCAACCCUGAAAACUUAGAUGGAUAUUCAAAGAAACAUUAUCCACUGUGUAUGAGACAUAUGCAUGAAAUCUUGAGGAGCACCCAUCAUUUGAAGCACAGAUGCAGAUUACAAUAUGGACUGUUUAUCAAAGGAAUAGGGGUUCUUUAUGAAGAUGCCAUGGAAUAUUGGAAAAAGGAGUUCACCAAAACUAUGGACCAUGAGAAAUUUGAAAAACAGUAUGCAUAUGAGUUCAAGCAUCAGUAUGGAAAAGUGGGAAGCAUGAUAAAUUAUUCACCAUAUAGUUGUAUCAAAAUUAUAAUGGAGAAUGUGGGGCCUGGGGACCAUCAUGGAUGCCCAUACAAACAUUGGGAUCCUAGUAUAACAAAGCAGAAAAUGAUAGAACAAGGACUUAGUUCUGAAGGUGUGAAUUCUGUAAUGGAAAUGGUAACAAGUGGCCAUUAUCAAAUUGCUUGCAGCAGAUAUUUUGAAUGUACACAAGGACAAGCACCCUCAGUAGUAGUGAGUCAUCCAAAUCAAUAUUUCUCAGAUAGUAUGAAUUUAUUUAAAGACAAACAGUUAAAGAAAAAUUGACCAUUUUUCAGGUCAACUUAUUCAGUUAUGUUCAUGCAUUUUGAUUUUCAUUUAUGAUCUCUUUCAUUCAUGAGUUCAAACAUUUUGAAGGACAUUAAAGAAAUUAUAUAUCUAUUUAUCUGAUU